UUGUCCUAAUACACCUAGAACCUAAUUAUUCAAAGCGGACAAAAACCUCUUUGAGACUUUCGAAUAUGAUUAUCAAUUAUUAAAAAGUUUUUCUAAUUUCUAGGUUAAACUUUGACAUGUACAUCUUAGUAGUAGAUUUUCAAAUAUAAAAAAAUUGUACUAUGUUAAUGUGACCAUGGAUGUACACGACAGACAACAUCUUACAAAGCUAUAUAUUUCUAAUAUUCCCAGACAGUUGUACAGCUAUUCAAAAUUACGGCAACAUUUUGAAAGGUUUGGAAAGGUGAAAACACUCUUUUUAAAUGACAAUAAAAAGUUUGGACAUGUGACAUUCUAUAAUCAUGAAAAUGCCAAAAAAGCAUUGGAUAGAGCUUCUUACUUUGAUGACAAUUGGAAACUGGUGAUACAAUGGUGGGAAAAUUACUCUCAAAGAAGACCUAGGAAUUCAAGAGAAAAUGGUGACAAAAAAAUGACAGGAAAUGAUGAACAUUCAAGUUCCAUUUCUACUCGAAAAUUUUCAUCAUUGCCUCUUACAUCUUCAUAUAAAGGUAAUGCAACACCCUUACAUGAUGGGUUAGAGAAGGCAAAUAAUGAAGCUGCCUCAAGCAUGGCUGGACUAAAUAUAAUAUCACCAUUGUAUUGGAAAAAUAUUGAUAUUCUUCCUGCACCUGUUGGAACAAGAUGUCUUCUUGUUAAUAACACUGAUGAAUUUCUGCCUCCUCAAAAUAUAAAGAUGCAUUUUGAAAACAAAAGAAGAUCUGGCGGUGGACCAGUACAAAGCAUUGCAAGAUUGGUUGAUGGAAUAUUGGUGGUUUUUAAAAAUGAAUCAGACUGUAAAUCAGCUUUAUCAAGAAGAGAUCAUACAAUUGAUGGAACCCCAAUCAAAAUUUAUCAGAAGUUAAUUCCUGGAUACUAUGAAGAUCGUUUUAUUGUCUCAAAUAUCCGAGACAACACAAUAACUGAUACUUUAGAGCUGUAUUUGGAAAGUUGUUCAAAAAAUGAAACAUGUCCUUCAGUUUGUGACAAAACAGAUUAUGCGGGUGUAUUUCAGAUUCAAUAUGGAAAAGAGUUUGGCACAUCAGAGACAGCAGAUUUAUUGAAGAACAUUAAUUCAAAGCCACUUGAAGGACAAAAUUUGAAGGCAUCCAGAUUACUUCGAACUGAUUGUUUGAAAGUAUCAAAUCUUCAUCCAGAUAUAUCUAAUCAUGUGAUUCAACUAUUUUUUGAAAAUAAAAAACGUUCAAGUGGCGGAACUGUUACAAAAGUUGAUCGAUUGCAGAAUCAUCUUGCAUUAGUUUAUUUCGCAUCUUUUGAAGAUGCAGAGAAUGUAGCUGAAAGAUUUAAAGGGUCGAGUUCUGAGCCAGCCUUGAUUCAAAAACAAAAAGUAAAUGUGAAACUCUACUUUCACUGUUUUGAAAAUAUUCAUGAAAGAAGAAAUUCAGCAGUGAGAUGUGAGAAUACUUCACAAACUCCAAACAGAAAUAAGAGUGAACAGACAAAAGAAAAAACAGAGCACCGCCGACCUUUAUUGUCACCCUUCUAUCGGAACAUUGGCACAGAUGAUCUGAAUAUACAAUUUAUAUGCAGCACUCCAGUGCAUAGAAAAAAAUUUGAGGAGAGAUGCAAAGAGUUUGCAUCCGUUCAAAUUUCAUGGAAAGGAAAUCUUGUGAAGAAAAUAACAUUCAAGCCAAAGAAUCAAACUGGAACGCAUAAAGAUUUUAAUUUAAAGUGCCAAAAUGAAAUUUCAAACUUCGUCCUCAACUAUACAAGUUUUAUCAAAGAAUUUGAUGAAGACAUUCUUGAAAGGGGUAGGAAUAUGAAAGUUUGUCCAGAAGUCUCAAAGUCAUUUACAGCACAUAAGGAAGAAUCUGAUGUGAAAAUAAGGUGGAUUAAAAACAGACUGGAAGUUACUGGGCUAAAACAAGCAUCAUCACAGAUGUUGAAACACAUUACAAAAAGUUUGUCUUUUUCUUCUGUGAAGAUGCAAAUUAAAGCAGACCAAUAUGAGAUUUUGAAUGACUGCAAAAUAUUGGAUGAAGUCAGUCUCACACACAAGACUGUUCAUAUGAGUAAUGAACCUGAAACAAAAACAAUAUCAAUAUCUGGACCUGAACUAGAUGUAGCAAAUUUCCAGACUAAGACUUUUAUUACACUAAAUAUGAUGGAGAAAGUACGACUGGAACUUUUAAACAUCCAGUUGAGAUCUUUUUUGAUACAAUCUAUACAAGACCGUUCAAAUGUUAUUUCUGUUAUUCAAGAAAACUUCAAGCAGGCUGAUAUAAAAGCGACUUUACAGACAUAUGAAGGUGAAGUUUUUGUCAUAGCAAAGACACUUGUAGAUUGUCAAAAUGCAGAAAACAUCGUGAGACGUCUUUUGAUAUUAUCAAUAGUUACAGUAGAAGAUUGGUCAAUUGUCACAUCAAGUGCUUGGCUAGACUUCAAGAAGUCUCUGAAAUUAAAGAAUUUGGAACUAAUAGAAGAGCAAACCCUAAAAAGAAUAUCAUUGUGCGGCUUUAGCAAUCAAGUUGCAGAGAUAGAGCAGAAAAUUGAAAAAUAUAUUGAAAAAAACAGGACAAUGUCUAGAUUAUAUCCCAUGAAAUAUGGAAAGGCAAAAUUCAUUCUUGAGAAAACUGCAUAUUUAACAAAUAUUAUGGGCAUUUCUUGCUGUGUAAGCAAUUAUAAUGGCGGAGGUAUAUUAAUAAAAGGAUUGAGCAAAUCUGUUGAGAAUGCAAUAGAGAACAUCAGACAAGCACUAAAAACUGUCAUUGAAACAAAGGAGACUUUUUCUGAAUACAAAGUUUGGGAAUAUUUCAAUGAAACAGAAGGAAAAUCUUUUAUUUCAGAAACAGAAAACUUUUGCCAAUGCGUCAUUUUGACCUCAUUUAACAAGGAAGACAAGAGAACUAAUAGUACAGACUUAUGCAGAACAACAUCACCAAGAUUUCUGCAGUGCAAAGUUACUCUGGUGGAAGGCGACAUAACAGAUCAAAGGGCCAGCGAAAUUUGGGUGUAUGCCACAGCUCCGGAAUAUCUUAUUAAAAUGAAUGGAUCCGCUAUAUCAAAGGCACUAUCAAGGGCAAUGCGUCUGGAUGAGUCGAUGUUUGCUGAACCCUAUUUUGCUGGAGAUGUCCUGGAGACAACGGGAGGAUGUUGGGAUGCAGAAAUUUAUCAUGCUUUGAUAACAUAUUAUGAUGAAAAAACUGCCAAAGAUCUUAUUCAAAAGAUUGUUAUGGAAUGCUUGCAAAACGCAAAUUAUUCUGAAUACAGUUCUAUAUGCUUCACUGCAAUCGGAACGGGAGGUUAUGGAUACCCUGCUUCAUCAGUUGCAAACUGGAUGAAGGAGACAUUCAUGAAAUUUUAUGGACAAUAUCUGAGAAAUAUUUUUAUUGUCCUUUUUCCCAAAAAUACUGAAGUUAUAAAGGCAUUCAAAGAUGUGUUCAGCACACCGUUUGAAAUUCUGACAGAAUACAAAGAAAAUCUGAAUAGUAAGCAAUGCUCUGCUACAAAAAUAGGAUCAAUCAUGGUGUCAGUCUACUGUGGUGAAGCUGCAAAUGAACGUAGUGACAUUGUAGCAUCAGUGCACAAGCUAGAGUCAUUUAAGCUACCCUGCAAAAAGUGGAUUGAAAUACAUCAACAAAAGACUUCUGAAGAAGUUCGAAACAAAAUGUUGUCUUUGUUGAAGUUGACAUCAGAUCAAAACUUUUCAUCUAUUUCUGUGUGUGGACUUUGUAGCGAAUAUUAUAAUAAUGAUGAGGAUGAUGCAUCAGCAAUUAGAGUUGCCAUUGAAACAUUUGCUAAACUUUACACUCAAACAUCAGUUACCUACAUCAACCUCGUUACAGCUCAUAAACAGGGGUUAAAAACUUUAAAAGAUGGGAUUUUCAUGAAAACGAGUGAAGUAAUCUCUGAUAUACCAGAUCUCGGCAUUCCAAAUUGGUUGUUGCCUGUUCCAUUAAAAUAUACCUUUGAUGUCUAUAUUUAUUCUAAUUCAAGUGAAAACAAUGUGAAGGCUUAUGCUAUGCUCAGAAGCAAAGUAUCCAAGGAAAUAAUUAAAGAUGACACCAUUUGUCGCCUGACAUCAUGGGAAAGAAAAAGGAUUCAAGAAAUUGAGAAAGAUUUAAAAAUAACAAUUUCUUACUCAAAUUCAUCACAAUAUUUAUAUGGCAAAAAAGAUCAAAUCACAGUUGAAGGACUGAAAACUGAUGUAAGCAGAGCUCAUGAUUCAAUAAAGAGUAUUUUGCAAGAUUUUGUCGCCGCAGAAACAUGCGCAACUUUUGUUAAGUGGCAAAAACUAUCUUCUCACUCAAGCAAGACUCAAUGGACUGAUCUACCACUGCAUGCAAAUUAUGCGGUAGAAAAAGCUUAUAAGGAAUGGGUCACUAGAAGCAAAUCCAAUUAUGCAAAUAGCAUCACUACCUCUUCAAUAUUUGUUCAUACAAUACAAGAUCUAUAUCAAAUUGAUUUUGAAAAAGUUGAAGCCGACCCAAGUGGUCUGAAAUCUACUGGAAUAAGAAGAAAAAUUAUUGAACAAGCAAAAUCACACAUGGACUUUCCUGCCCACUGGGACAUAGUUGCCGGCUCCACCACAUUCGAGAAAAUUCGUCUGAGCUCUGCUACAUCCGAAUAUAAAAUUGUUUUGGGGAAGUUUAAAUCAAGUGGAAUCAAAUUUACAAAAACAAGGAUUUAUAGAAUACAAAAUUCUUCAUUAUACAAGCAAUACAUUGCUAAACGGCAAGAAGUAAAUCAUAAACUCAAACGUUCGAGUUAUCCGAUUGAAAGGGAGUUAUUCCAUGGAACUACUGAAUGGGAAAACAUCAUUCACCAAGGGUUUGAUAAAGGAUUUUGCGGUAAAAAUGCAAUCUCGUUUGGAAAAGGAGCCUAUUUUGCUACAGAAUCAGCAUAUGCGCAUUUGUUUACAAAAGAAAAUAGUAAACGAUUUCGUUUCAUGAUUCUAGCUGAUGUUAUAACUGGAGAAUAUUGCCAAGGAAAACCAGAAUAUAAAGCCCCACCUCCGAAUCCCAGACUUGGAAGUAAAACCGAACUGUACGAUAGCGUCGUGAAUAACAACCAUUCUCCCUCCAUAUUUGUUAUCUUCAAAGAUGCAAGCGCUUAUCCAGCUUAUUUGAUUGCAUAUACAUAAUGAUGUUGUUUUAUUUCAUGUUUUUGUACACAGCACUAUUCUUUGUUAUAAUUAAAACUACAUAACUACCGCAUGCGAAAAUAAUUGGUGGUUCUAUCAAUUAAUUUCUGAAUGAGGAAAGCUUUCAAGAUUCCAUUUCGAGAUUGCUGCCGAGAAUAGAUCAUCACAAUCAUCAAGUUCUAUUUAAUUGCCACAUGCUGCAAAACAGUUCGAAGGUUUUUUUUUGUGCACAAUGUACGUAUACUUCUGCUUUGUACAUGGAACUGUAUAUAUAUAUUGUAUAUAACAUAGACUUUUAAACCAAUUACAAAGCGAAUGACUUGGCUACCAUUAAUUAGCAUAGUAUGGCGUCCAGUCUAGUUUUCAGGCAAUUCUCAUGAAAUGUGUUUAUUUGCUGGAACGUUCUCGGCGUUGAUGGAAUUUAUCAACUAAAGCUUCCUAAAAUCUUUCAUUUCUUGCAAUAUUACUUAUCAUGUAUAUUAUUUAAUAAAAGCCGUAAUUAACAAAUUCUUAAUUUCCUUCAUUACUCACUUUGCUCUCUUGAUUUCAUAAUCAGUUUUCAUUUAUUUGAUUUUUACCGAUCGGUUUGUCGCCUUUCAUGCUGAUUACGGAGUCGAAAUAA